AUGACGGAGAAAUCAAGAGAUAUCCUCCACGCCACAUCAAACAACCUCGAGUUGUUGACUGGUUAUAUUAGCCCACGAAAUGAGUUUGAGGUCAUGACUCUGAAUACCCCUGAUGAGAAAGUGUGCAAGACCCUCCACGCCACGUCAAACAACCUCGAGCUGUUGACUGGUUAUUGGGACCCAAAAUUUGUUGGGGGAUAUUUGUAUGAAGAGCGACCGGAAGGAGGAAGUGAGGUAAAGCGGGUAUCAGAAAAAUAUAUCCCCCACGCCACAUUGACAAUCUCGAAUUGCCAAUUGGUUAUGAAGCGACCCUUUAAGCGAAUAGGGAGAGAUGGCGAAGAAGAUUUCCAGAGAACAAAAACCUUCGAAAAGAUAGGAUAUCCCCCACGCCAACUUGGCAACCUCGAGUUGUCAAUUGGUUAUGAAGCGGCCCUUAGGCGUAUAGAGAGAGGGGUACCGGAGGAUUUUCAGAGAGCAGAAAUCUUUGAGGAGGUAGGAUAUCCUCCACGACAACUUGGCAACCUCGAGUUGUCAAUUGGUUAUAAGACUGAACCAAUGAAAGAGAAAGGAUUGCCGGGAGUUGAGGUGUGA